UGUCCUUCAUGAGGUCUCCAUGAUUGAAACUGUGGACCGUAGACAAGCCAAUCCUUCCUGGAAGGCUCAGGCACCAUGAGAGAAUUCUGAUGAGAGAAGCAGUCCAGUUAAAGAUGUAUCAAAUGACCAAGAUGGGAAAUAAUUCGGACACGUCUGCUUUGUUUGCCUCCACCAUCUCCAAGGAGCUUGACAUACUCAUGGGCUCACUCUACAGCGUAUUUUGUGUUCUGUCCCUCAUAGGAAACUGCACUUUGCUACAUGUAGCAUAUCACAAGUGGUCGACCUUGAAGCCAGCAGAGUUCUUCAUCAUCAAUCUCUGCAUCAGUGACCUUGGGAUGACACUCAGUUUAUUUCCACUGGCAAUUCCUUCAUCUUUUUCACACAGGUGGCUGUUUGGAGAGCUCACCUGUCAGCUCUAUGCCAUGUGUGGAGUCCUCUUUGGUCUGUGCAGCUUAACCAACCUCACAGCUCUUUCUUUAGUCUGCUGCCUUAAAGUCUGUCUCCCUACCCAUGGUAACAAGUUCUCCUCAUCACAUGCCUGCCUCCUGGUGGCUGGAGUGUGGUGUUACGCAUCCGUGUUUGCUAUAGGGCCCUUGGCACAGUGGGGACAUUACAGUGCGGAACCUUAUGGCACAGCGUGCUGCAUUGACUGGCACGCACCCAACCACGAUCUUUCAGCGUUGUCGUACAUCGUCUGCCUUUUCGUCUUUUGCUAUGCACUGCCCUGCACCGUCAUCUUCCUCUCCUACACUUUCAUUCUGCUGACAGUGCGGGGGUCACGUCAGGCCGUCCAGCAGCAUGUGUCACCACAGACCAAGACCAACAAUGCACACGCUGUCAUUGUCAAGCUGUCAGUAGCAGUAUGUAUAGGCUUCCUGGUCGCCUGGACACCAUAUGCUUCUGUGUCCAUGUGGGCUGCUUUCGGAGAAGCCACGCAAGUUCCUCCUGCUGCCUUCGCUCUUGCUGCCAUAUUUGCCAAGUCUUCCACCAUCUACAACCCUAUAGUCUACCUGCUGUGCAAGCCCAACUUCCGUGAGUGUCUUUACAGAGACACGUCUAUGUUACGGCAGAGGAUCUCCAGGGGAAGUCCACAGUCAGAACCGAAAGAACGCUUGGGAUCCAACUCGCAACACAACAGUGACAUGGGCGUCUCCAUGCGCUUCUCAAACGGACAGCAGGAGAGCUAUGGGGCGUGUCUGCACUGCACUGGCACUGUGCCGUGUGACACCAACCCUAAGGACUGCGUGCAUCCUGAGCGAAUCCACCUACAGAGAGGUGGCAGUUAGCAAGCUCUCAGCUAAACCACAGGCUGAUUUCCUGUAGACACAAGACAGGAAAGGUGCUCUACAAGACAGCAAAACAACAAAUGCCCUGGACAAUACUUAAGUAUGUGACACCAAGACAAUUCAAUGUCAUUCAGGGCAACUCCUUUACUGUGAAAUGCCUGAGAUUCCCAAACAAUCCACAAUAUGCUCCAUCUGAGCAUAUAUACUCCCUAUAUACUGUGUCGGCUCAUUUCCAUUCAUUUUAAUAAGCUGUGAUUUAAAAGGAUUCAGAAGGAGCAGAAAAUUAGAUGAGAGAACCCCUGCCAGCUUCAAGGUUAAUUAGGCCGAUGUGUGACAUUUUUUAAAGCAGCUCACUGAUGAAAGUUGUGCACUCCUUUUGCAUACUGUGGAACACUGCUGAACAUUUGGAUAAUCCCUAAUAAUUGACGCCCGAAAACAAAACUGGUUAUCAUGAUAAAAACAAUUCCCAUCUGCAAAAUUGACUUUAAAAAACUUGUUAAAAAGGGAAACAUCUGUGGUGGAAAAAAAGGAACAUCAUAUUGAUAUAUGUAUUGAUCAUUUGUUAUAAUAAAGACAGUUAUAUCACAAUAUAUACUGUUACUGAGGUAUUGCCUGGCUCUGUGCUAAGUUACUGUGAAGGAUUGCAAAUGAGAUGAAGAAACUGUUGACAAUCUCUCUUCUGACAACAUGAGUAAUAUGUAACCAACUAAAAUCAAUCAUCAUCUUAAUGAAAUUUGAUCAAAUAUUCACAUGCUGAAUGCCUGAAUUUCUGUGGAUGUUGUCACUAAUGGAAUCUGUUGUGAUGGUUAAAAAAACCAAAUGAACCAAACACUUCCUCUGUGAAAAUUAAGCAAAUAAUACACCUGUUUGACUCAUUUUAAGUGUCUGUAUGUGAGAAAAUGUUGAUAAGGAACAAGUUCAUUUAGACAAGUUCAAAUAAACUGGUAAACCUAUAAA